GUCGGUUUAGCUCCACCCCUGCAUCCGCCAUUUCCUGCUACUGCAUGGGAAGGCGGGCGAAUUUGAAAGAAGAGCGUAUACGUUUCCGUCUGAAUGACAUAAUUAUUUGUAUUACUUGGUUUAUACAAAUCAACACAAGCGAAUAUAUAACGGAUUGGACAGUGUAAGUAAAACGAAGACCCAGCUCUUUUAGCAUACAUGCUCCGUUAGUUUGUCGUGUGUUCGUCGUGUUAGCUUCAUCUCCCGUCCAGCGGCUGUUCACAGAUUCUGGAUCUAUUCCCUUCAAGAUGAGCAACAAAAGCACACGGUCACUGUCGAGGAGAAGCAGCGAUGAAGUCAGAAAGUCAAGUGGAAAGAGUCCACCGCGAAGGAGGUCCUGCAGGCUGUCUGCAAAUGACCAAAGCCUGGCCUCGAGAGUUCUGGCUCCACCUGUGGUUGUGAAGCGGUCAAUCACUGUUAGGAAAAUUGCACCCAGGAAAACUCAGGCCCUGUCUGACAGUAACAAGGAGAAUGUAGAAAGAUUAUCUGAAGUGCCGAAAAAGCUGUCUCGAGUCUUGACAUCGUCUCCAGCUGUAGUGACAAUACCCAAGACGUCUGUGCUCUCGCCCAUCCUGCCUCCUUCAUCUCCAUCCGCUGAGCCCAAAGAAUCGGAGCAGGACCCCGUUUGGUCCCAAAAAGUACGACGCUCUUACAGUCGCUUGAGUAUAGGGGACAAGUCCUUUGAAAGCCCCAAAUCCCAUCCUGCGCCUUCCACUUCUCCCAACAACCGAGAGACCCUGUUUGGUUUUGAGAGGCUUCAGACUCCAGAGGUGAUGCGUAAAGCUGAGGGAUCUAGAGCAGCUCCUCUGGGCUCUAUGUCCGUCUCGCUGGGUUCUUUCAACGUUUCCGCUGCUGAUGAAAGCGCGUCAAACCCCCUGGAAAUUGAUCUAAACAUCCCAGGUGUGUGUCUGGGGAAGAAGACGAGCAGGCGGAAGCGCGUGCAACAGAUAAAGAUGUCAGAGUUGGACGUUCUUGCUGCAAAGAUGAAUGCUGAGUUUGAGGAAGCUGAAAGUUUUGACCUGGUUGUUGAAUGAUCCCCACACACACACACACACACACACACACACACACACACACGCAGGACACUUUCAGGACGUGGGAUACUUUCCAACUCAUCACUUUUGUAAUUGUUCAUUUCUUUUCUCUGUUUCCUCCUGCAAAAUCUUAACUAAAAGCAUGCUUUAAGAGAUCAGUUUUGUUGUUCUGAUCAUUUUUCACAGUGCCACAAUCAUCAGUAAAUCCCUGAAUGACAAGGUUUUUAUUCCUUGUUUAUAUUUUCGUAUUUGUUGAAUGGGUUUUGUUAACUCUUGUUAUUUUAAUAAAUAGCAUUUGCGGUAGUGGCCUGUCAGAGUUGAAAGUGAAUCCUGUUGUUAAAAGUAUUUUUUUCUAGGAUUAAAUGGCGGCAGACAGGAAGAUCACUGUUACAAUAUGUAAUUCUCCACCUUUUUAUAUUCAUAAAUUCUGUCUGCCUAGGUCUUUUUAGCUUAGUUGAGCUUUAGUUCUUUUAAGUGGGAAGUGAGCUCAGUAUGUAGAGCAAGCGUCGCUGCAUGACGUGAUUAUACUGUGCUUCACCACUAGAGUGAGCACUUGAUUAUCACAGUACUCCUAAGUGCAUCUAUUGUUUACUCUGUUCCAACAUGGUUCCUGAACGUUUUUUGUGGUAUGCGGUGUGUUCAGCAUGUCAAUGUCAAUCCAUCCAUCAAUAAUCUAACAGAACCUGAGUGCAGUGCAUGCCGAGGCGUCUGAGAGGCCUGCUGCAGCUGAUCUGAGCUUUGCUGCUCUCCAUAUUUCUAAAAUAAAUAAAUGCAUUUUGCCUUAUUUAA